AAGCCUAAUAGACUAAAUAAUACAAAACGACAAAUAAUAAUACAGUACCUACUAUAUUAUUUUAAUAGUUAAAUUAAAAAUAUAAUAAUGCUUUAAACUAACUUAAUAGAUUUUAUCUGUUAAAGUCUCAAUUCAUUUAUUUUACCAAUAGAAUAUUUAAGAAAAGGGCUUGGUUUUAAAGCUUGAAAUUGAAAGCAUAUUUAAGUGACCUUUAUUAAUCAAGAUGGGUGAGCGUAAAGGACAGAAUAAAUACUAUCCUCCAGACUACAACCCGGCAGUAGGAGGACUAAAUAAAUUUAAAGGUACUCAUGCCUUGAGAGAACGAGCUCGCAAACUCCAUAUGGGGAUUUUGAUCAUACGUUUUGAAAUGCCCUACAAUAUUUGGUGCGAAGGAUGUAACAAUCAUAUUGGAAUGGGAGUCAGGUAUAAUGCAGAAAAAAAGAAAAUUGGAAUGUAUUACUCAACACCUGUGUAUCAGUUCCGAAUGAAAUGCCAUCUUUGCGAUAAUCACUUUGAAAUUAAAACUGAUCCUGGAAAUUUAGACUAUGUGAUUGUAAAUGGUGCACGUCGCCAAGAAAACCGAUGGGAUCCUAUAGAAAAUGAACAGAUUGUUCCGGAAGAUAAAGAUACUAGUAAACGUUUGUUCGACGAUGCCAUGUUUAAAUUGGAACAUGGAACUGAAGAUAUCGACAAAGCGAAAAAAGCUGCACCAGCUCUUGUAAAACUUCACGAUAUACAAGAUUCCAAAUGGAAUGAUGACUUUGCUGCAAACUCUUUGUUACGUAAACAGCUUAGGACACAAAAACAAACAAUUGCUGCCAAAGAAAAACUUGACAAUAAUUUAAAAGAAAGAUUGUCAUUAAGUAUUCCAUUAGUAGAUGAAAUCGAAGAAGACGCAAAAAUUGCAAAAUUAUUGAGCUUCCAAACAUCUGACAGUACGAGGACAAAACGAAAACAUUUUAUUCAAGGACUUCGUAAAAUACCCAAAACUAAAUUGAAUAAACCAAAAAAGCACCUUGAUGUUGGCAUUGUUCAGUCAACAGCACCAACCAAAAAAGAACAACCACCAACUUCGACAGCUGUUAGUGGUUCUAUCCCAUCUCUUGUAUCUGUCGAUUACGAAUCAUCGCAUUCAUCUGAUUAAUAUUAUUCGCAUAAAAAUAAAUUUAACUACCAAAAUAUUAUAAAACAAAUUAUAAUUUUUUUUUUUUAUGAACAUCUACUGGUAACGAAACAAUAAGUACAAUAUAUAUUUUUAUAAACAUAAAAAAACUAUAAAUACUUGUCUCUCUUUUUCUUACUUUCUAUUAUUGUACAAGCUUUUUCGUAUGAACCAAAAAAGAGUGCACCACCUAACAUGAUAAACAUAACUCUCGGUAGGAAACCAGCAAAUAACCUGGAAAACACAUAUAUCAUUUGAUUAUUCUUUGUCACACUAUUUAAAAUAAUUAUUGUAUUUUUAUUAUUCUUUCAUAGUAGGGUAUAAAUUAUGGGAUUUGUGGAUAAUUUUUAAAAAUUUUCAAGAUUUUAUUUUUAUAGAAUGGUUUGAAAAUUAACAUAGACGUACAGUCAAAAUUCAAGAAUUCAUAAUUAAAAAAAUUACCCAUUCAACCCUUUUGUCUUAUAAAUUUUGAUGAAUACAUUCUUCAAAUUUUGUUCAUCGGCAUUAUUUGCUAACAUUAUUUGAGUCUUGGUUACAUCAAUAGGUGUAGUUAACGCUGCAGCUACACCACCUAAAAAUUAAGUGAUUGAUUACUUAGUUAACUAAUUAGUAAUCAAAAACUAUUUCCUUAGUAUU